AUGAACGAUUCAUGGCAAAUCGCAUUCAAUAGAUUAACCCCAGACCUGAAAGCAAGCCUCGACAUCGCUGUGAACUUGGUUGAAAGACUCUACGUAUUAACCGCAGUUCUCAACGAAGCCGAAGAAAAGAAAAAGCUUUGCCUCCAAAAACGCUUGAAAAUACGCCUCCACGGGCAGACGAUUAUUCUCAGGGAUGUUUUUGACAAAAUAAUUGCUUGGGUGAAUGAGGUCAAGUCUAUUGAUGAUAUCGCAGUGCAGUUAAACUCCACCGCAGCAUCGCUGCCCUGGGCAGGAGUGCGUUUCUUGUUGCAGUUUGCCGUGGCUGAGCAGCACUACUUUGAGUCCACAAUUCAUGGACUAGAAUUGGUAUCUCUGAUUAUCUCUCACUAUGCUGCUUUUGAGGCUCUCCACAUGCGGAAAGCAUCGCUCAUCAACGAUACGCUGCAGAGCAAGUUGACCGACCUAUAUACUAAGAUUCUCGUCUUCCUGGCAAAUGGAGUCAAAUAUUUCAAUCAAUCCGCGGCAGCGCGUAUGUCUAAGGGUGUGUUUCAGUCCAAACAGAGCGAUGAAUUAGGGCAGAUCGCCGAGCUUGGUGGAGAAGUUGGGGAGUUGGCUCGCAUGUAUGAAGCUCGGGUACAACACGAGAUUCAUACCGGAGUUGAAGAAACUCGACAGAUCUUGGAUACCCUGCAGCGUCCAGUGAAUCGCCUGGUAGAUGAAUCGGCGAUAUAUGCCAAGACGUUGCAAGAGCAACAAUUUCAUGACUUUCUCAAAUGGCUGUCGCCUGCUCCGUUUACUCUACAUCAUGCCAGGCAUUCGAGUGAACGGCUUCCAGACUCUGCCAAGUGGCUGUUUAACCACCCUCAGUAUGUAUCUUGGAAAUGCUCCAGCUCGUCCUCGUUGCUGCUCUUACACGGAGUUCCUGGGAGCGGGAAGACGAGUCUAGCCUCGGCAGUGGUCGAUGCAUUCCUCGAAGAAAAGGAUAAGAACCCUCUUGCUGCACCUAUUGCGUACUUUUACUGCGGAGAUAGCAAAGUUGGGCGAGGUCGGGCGGAUCCAGACGAAGUGAUGCGUAGUCUAACUCGACAGUUGGCCGUCAUCGACAAAACGAAGCAUGAAAUCCACGAGCAGAUAUCACUCGAAUACGAGCGGAGAGAGGCAGAAGCUAAGCUAGAUGGGUUUGAAAAAGUGCCGCGCCUGCGGAGUCUUGAAUGUGUUGGAUUGGUCCUCAAUGCCCUUGAUUCCAACCCGGCGACUAUCGUGGUAGAUGGAGUGGACGAAGUAGAUCAGCAGGAACGGCAUUCGCUGCUUAAGUCUUUGAUUCGUGUCAGAGAUGAGUCUUCAAGUGUCAUCAAAAUCUUCAUCUCGAGCCGGACCGACAGCAAUAUCUUUGCACAUUUGCCAGACGCAAUAUCGCUUCGUGUUCAAGACAUCGACACGCAGCAUGAUAUGGAACUGUUCGUGCGACAUCGCGUGUCUACCGCAAUUGAAAACCGACAUCUUCUCAGUGGAAAUGUACCCCAAAGUCUCCAGGAUGAAUUGGUGCGAUUCUUGUUGGAUCGAGCUGGUGAAAUGUUCCUCUGGGUUGUUCUACAGCUGGAAAUAUUAUGCAAACUCAAGUCGAGGAGCAGCGUCUUGGAAGCAAUGCAAGAACGUUCAAGAGUUACAGAUGUAACUUUGGAUCAUCUUUACUGCGAGUUGAUUGACCGGAGAUCUGGAACCGACUCGUUUGCGUAUGAUGUUUCCAUGAGAGCAUUCUCCUGGAUAAUGUGUAUGCAUGAACCAUUGUCUUCCACAGCAUUUUUGGCUGCUGUGUCCACAUCUGCACUGGAAGAUCGACUGGACUUGACGCUACAGGAGCUUUUAUCCAUGUGUUCGAACCUAAUUACCUUGGAUUCCAAGGUAGAUACUAUCCGCUUUAGGCACUCAUCCUUCAAGGAGUUCCUAGAAGCCAGACCAGAAUUUGACAUGGCCCGUGCUCACAGUGUGGCUGCGGUGAGCUGUCUAGAUAGUUGUAUUCAGGAGAUAACAACUGAUCUCGAGAAUGAACUUCGCCCGGAUAAAGAAUUCAAGCUCUAUGCCACAUUGUACUGGCCCACUCAUUGCAGUGAAGCCGCAGUGGAUGAAGAUCAAGGCAGCCAUUUAUCAAUGAAAUUGAAUGAGUUCGUUUUCAGCGAAGGCGAGACGAGCUUGCCGUUUAUUGCCUGGCUAAACACUGCACAGAGAGCGUCUAACCUGAUGGCUAAUGACCAUGUGUUGAAAAAGCAACUAAAUGCCGUUUUGAGCCCAACAAUGACACCACUUUUCACUGCUUGUGUAUACGGUCUCAUCAGUUUGCUCAAGGUCGCCGUGAAUAAGCUGGACUUUGUAGUAGAUGUGAAGAACUCCAUUGGUUAUACUGGACUGUAUCUUGCCGCAGCGUUUGGACGACCGAAAAUUGUCGAUGGUCUUCUUAAGUCGGGCGCGGAUGUAAAGUCCCAGCUUGGAAUGCAUGGAAACGCGCUUAAUGCAGCUGCGUUUAAUGGUCAUACCACGGUUGUCCAGGUUUUACUGCAUCAUGGGGUUGGCACACAAUCACCGAGUAUCAUUGAGCCGGCACUCAAUUUGUCAUUUCUGGCAGAACGUGAAGAUAUUGCUAUGAUGUUGUUCCAGAACGGCAUAAGGAUUUCUUGUCAAGAAGACUAUGACAAAUUCCACGAGGCUGCUUCUCAAGCUGGCUUUUAUAGUCUCUUGCAACACCUGACAAAAACUUUUCCUUCUUUUGGCAAGGAUAAAUUGCCCUCUUCCAAGGCCAUAAAUGUCUCAAUUAGGAAGGGUCAACUAUCUUUUCUUAAGACACACAUCAAGAAAGGGCUGUUAGUAGAUCAUGCUGUAGCAACUGCCGCACUUUUUGGUCAGACAGAUAUUGCUUUGUUCUUCUUGCAGGAGGGGUUUGACAUCGAGGAAGAGGGUCCAUUCGGCUCUCCUCUUCGAACAGCAUGUCUAAUGGGUCACCAAUUAAUGAGUCGAAUACUGCUUGAGCAAGGAGCAAAUGUCAAUGCGUCUGGGAAGUUUGGUGAUGCACUUCAGGCUGCUGCAAUGAAGGGGCAUUUGUCCAUAACCGUUCUCCUGAUACAACAUAAUACAGACGUCAAUAGCACAGGUGGUUACUAUGGUACCGCUCUCCAAGCCGCCGCAUAUUGUGGUCACUGUGCUGUAACCAAGACAUUGAUUGAGGCUGGCUCUUGGGAUAGACGGGCUUUUCAUGCAGCUGCUAAGGCAGGCCAGGAGGCCAUCAUCGAUAUUUUCCUUGAGAUGGGGUACCGUUUUGAACAAAAUGCUUGGGUAGCUACGGAGGGCUACCCAAUAAAAUCGUACAAAAAUCUGUUACUCGAAGCCUUGGGAGACCAAUCUGUUUCCCGUGGAACUCGGAAAGUGAGCUCCAGUACUGAUUCCAGGUUAUCACAGGAUUUUCCUUUAUCUGAUUUUCAGGAUAUCCUCAAGGGCGCACGAGGAGUAAUCGUCUCAGAGACCCACCAUUCACCUCCGUGUAAUCUUCAGAAAGAUUAUCCGUGGCUCGAUUCUGAAGAAUCAGAAGCUUCUGCGUUAGAGCUCGUAGCGGCAAGAGGCGAAGAAAGAAUUGUCCGCAAGAUCCUCGAAAGUAAGAGAUGUUUAAAUGUUAAUAUUGAUGAAGUUGGUCGAGCUCUUUGGGUCGCAUCUAAAAACGGCCACACAACAGUUGUCAAACUCAUCAUGUCAUCUGGUGUAGACAUGUUAUCAUACAUCCCAGGCAGCUUAGAGCACGCAGCGUGGAAUGGGCAUAUCACCAUUCUUGAAACCAUACUCAAAUGCGAAGAAACAUGGGACCCAGUUGGCAGUUCUUUCUUCGAGUCGUACUGGACCGAGAAACGAUCCCACAACACCAUUGGCUUUCAUCAGCUUUUUAGGACUUUUUAUACUCCCGGUUCCUUUUCUAAUCCACAUGCCCUUCAUAUCAUUAUUUUUGGAUGCGGUGGAAAUCAGCCGGCCAGUGUCGCGAAAGGUUUACAGCUGGCAGAUGAUAAUGAUAGACAGAAGUUGCAGGGUAUCGUGCUGCGGGCAGCAGCCAUGUCAAACGCCACAAACGUUAUCGGAUAUAUAUCUUCUAUUCAGCUGACUUUUGACCCCGUUGAUCUUCCUCUAGCAUUUCAAGCAGCUGCUGAAAAUGGCGCCACGUCCGCCCUGGCAUGCCUUGUCGAGAAAGAUCAGGAAGAAUACCUACGUAUUGAGCAUUAUCGUAGCGCUUUCACGUCAGCAGUGACACAUGGCCACGCCGAGGUCGUACGAUAUAUGGUCGACCGAGCAACUUUGUUUUUGAGUUCUGAGAAUGUCAGGCAAUCAAAGUACAUUGAACGUUUGAGUCUGUUGAUGGUAGAUGGUUCCAUAUCCUACAGCAUGGUUCUGCGCCAGGCUUUCGAGCACGCAUGUGCGGCUGGCUACAGCGAAAUAGCCGAGCUUUUCAUACUCGGUGGUGCAAAUUUAAAUACAAGUAUGGACGACGGUACUUACUAUUCAACACUUCCCAAAUACGAGCUUCAGAUCGGUCUGUGGAAAACACCUCUACAGCUAUGUCUACACAAAUCCCAGCCUAGGACGAAAGAUGAAGUUACGGGACAGGAAGAAAUAAUCAAGAUUCUCUUGGAAAACAAUGCCAAUGUCAACCUAACUGCCGGCUAUCAAGCAACAGCAUUGCAUAGCGCUGCGUUGAAAUGCACAGAAGGGACAGUCCGAUUGAUGUUAGACCAUGGUGCGAAUAUCCAUGCCUGGGCUUCCAAGGACGGUACACCGCUUCAAUGGGCUGCGGGGAGAGAAGCUGGGUCGCUGCCGAUAGUUCGCCUGCUUCUUGAAGCCGGAGCAGAGAUUCCUAUGGAUGGUAACCCCGAGGGAUCAUCAAGCCCGGUAUUGAGAGCAGCACUGUCCUUCUUCGGUUUGGAUUCUUCAGAUGAACAAGAAAUUUUCUCUAAUAAACUUAAUGAUGGCCGUUUCAGCGAAUCCGAGUCACUGCAGGAAGUAUUGUCAAGUGGGCCGGGAGGUGUGAUAAAGCUCCUGUUUCAGUAUAAGCCCGAGCUGCAAGCGCAGGAUGAACGCAUCGGCCAUGUUCUGCAAAUGGCUGCCGCUGCAGGGGAUGGAGAAUUCAUUCAGCUCUUGAUCGACAGAAAUAUCGACGUUAACCUAUCUGGACACUACUUUGGGAACGCGCUUCAAGCAGCUUCCAGGUUUGGGCACGUUGACUGUGUCCAGUUGCUCCUUGAAGCUGGUGCCGAUAUAAACAUGCUCAGAGGAUCCCACGGGACGCCUCUUCAAGCUGCUGUCAAAGGUGCACACCUCGAAGUCGUCCGAAUCCUAAUCAAUAGUGGCGCCGAUCCUAACCGACGCCUCAGUCUGGUGCCAUCGCAGUGCGGAUAUGAGGAGAAGAUCGCGAUAACCUCUGCCAUAGAGCUAGCUGUAGAAUCCGAAAGCGUGGAGAUCGCAGAACUGUUGAUCAAUGCCGGAGCACGAAUAGAUCCUGGGUCGCCAGUGCUGCACAUUGCAGCAAAAGCUAGAGGUCUCAGCAUGUUGAGACUCCUCAUACAUGCUGGGGCUGAAGUGAACAGUUGCGUCUCCGGCCACGACCCUGUUUUAAUAACAGCUUGCGGCCAUGGUGAUGUUCAGAUGGUGGAACUGCUCCUGGAGAGUGGCGCGGAUAUCAAUAUAAGCCGAGCCAUGAGCCAACCUUCCAGCGACGAAGCGCGGCCUAAGUUCUGGCUGAAAAAGUUCCUACAAAUGCCGAGGGAGAACAAAGGCGAAAACUUCGAUACUCCCCUCACCCGCACCGAUCAUGUGAGAGCUAUAGAGCAGUCUCUAUGGAAAGGCGCGGCGGUGCACAACCCUCCCCGCACACGUCAUAUCCUAGUCGAAGCAUGCCACGGCCAAAGGCCCAAACAAACAAUCGAGCUCUUACUUGCGAAGCUACUGGGCUCUUCAGCACUGACUGCUGCGUUUGAGGAAGCGUUAUCAGCAGCCCGGCAGAACCAUGAUGAAGAGUCUUUCAUGUUGCUCUUGGCCAACCUUCCAAAAACCGUUUUCACGCUCUAUGAGGCAUGCAUGUUGGGCUCCAAGGAUGCAGUAGAGGCGAUCCUGGCGUCUGGAGUCGAUGUCAAUAGUGACUUUGACAAUGGGGGACGUGCGCUACAUAUUGCAGCACACUACCAAAGAUCAGCACUUAUUCCUUUUCUCAUUCAGAAAGGUGCCGAUGUUUGCCACGUGAGUUCUGGAUUUGGAGGAGCAGUGUCUGCGGCAUUGAACGGAUUUUUAGCUUUAAAGGAUCAAAGGUUCGAUGGGAUUAUCUCACGCCAGCCUACUCCUUCUCGGCGUGGUCCGCGCAACCGCCUUCGAAAGAUCGCAUCUCAGGAGGUUGAUACCGAGAGUUAUAAUGUUGUCUCUUGCGAGGAAACAGUGGGCCUUUUGUUAAGAUCUGGAGCUGUCGCCAACCUGGGACCAGGAGCUCUUGGGCCGCUCUUGCAUCUUGCUGCAAGGAUUGGAAGCUUAUCACUAGUACAGCUUUUUUUGCAAAAGGGCCUGGAUAUAAAUACGACGGAGGGGCCCUUUGGAUCAGCGUUGCUGGCAGCCAUUCUUGGCAACCAUGAGCAAGUCAUUAAAUUUCUGAUUGCACAAGGUAUCGACGUCAAUAUUGUCUCACCAACGUCGGGAACUGCGCUUUAUUAUGCCUGUCGGGGCCGGGACAGAUGGCUGAUGAAGACGCUUUUAGAGCAUGGGGCUGAUAUAAACGCACGUGGUGGGGGCACACAAGAAAGUCCGUUGACGGCUUUUCUCUCCUUCAAGAGAGGCUGUCCGGAGGACUUAUAUGGCAUCGAAAUACUACUAAAGUAUGGCGAUUCACUUCAGAUUACCACGGAAGACCUUCUAUCGGCAGUGGCGACCUAUAACGACAAUCGCAGGAGUGCAGAGGAGGUAAUUGCUGCUGCGCGCAAAUCUUACCGUGAAGAACUUGUUACCAUGUUUCUGGAGCGUGGAAAGAAAGCUUAA